AGGCCGAGUCAGAAGUAAGAAAAUUGAGAGAACAACUCUCAAAAUUGAACCAAGCUAACACCACACAACCUCAACACAACUCAAGCAAUGACAAUGAUGACACAAUAGCUCAACUACAAGAGGAAAUAUCUCAGCUAAAAGAUGCCUUGAAACAGUCCAUGCAAAAACAGACAUCUAACCAAUCCACUGGUCUACCUAACCACUUCCUUGAGCCUACACCUCGUAGUGACCAUACCAGCAUUGGUGGCUCACAAAGGGGACCUCUGAGUGGCAUAGGAGGCUCACAGUGGGGUGCUUUGAGUGAUGAUUCAGAUGUUAUUGAAGAGAAGGCCAUUUAUGAGCAACUGCAGAAUGAGUUAGAAGAUCUGAAAAAUAGACUUGAAGAGAAGGAUAGAUUGGCAUCAAAACAGG